AAUUACACAUGUGAAGACUGAAGUGUUUAAAUGAAUUUAAUUAUUUUUUGAAGUUAGAGAGAAAAUAUAAUGGCAAGAUGUCGUCGAAGGCGAAAAAUGUGCAAAACUCGCUGCCGCUCGAAGUCGGGGCGCUUCAAGCGUUGCCGCUCCGGUGACCGGCGGUACCGCGUGCGGCAGCGCUGUUGCCGCCGCCGCCGCGCGCGCUGCCGCCGCUCAAGGUCGCACCGCCGUAGGGGACGAUACAACUGGCGCUGUCGCUCGCGCUCCGGAAGCUUCAAGCGGUGCCGCCGCUGUGACCGGCGAUACCGGCUGCGGAAGCGGUCCUGCUCGUGAUUGAUUGUGAUGUUUGGUCCUGUGUUGAAUAACGUGAUUGAAAUUGUUUUGUACUGUUUAUAUUUUACAAUUAAUUUAUUAAAUAAAUUACUGAUUUUACA